GAAGCGACUCGCAUUCCCUCCAUAUAUUACCAAACAACUUCACGCGGAGAGACACACACCUCUCGCACCGGAGCUACCAAAACACUGUACGGAGGAGAGAGAAAGUAGAGAGAGAGAGAGAGAAUGUACUAGAGAGAGAGAGAAUGUACUCCACCGGCGGCACCACCAGCAGCGGCGGCGUAAGGCCGCCCUGCAUCACGAGCUUCGUCGGCUACGGGAGCGUCGAGAGCCACAGGUUCUAUCUGGCUCGUCGAACGGUCCUCGAAAUGCUCAGAGACAGAGGCUACGUCGUCUCCGACGCCGAACUCACCCUUUCACUCACUGAGUUCCGUUCUAUCUUCACCGAGAAACCCGACCUUGAACGCCUCCGCUUCUGCGUCUCUCACGGCUCGAAACCCUCCAAAAAGAUUCUGGUUAUCUUUUGUGGAUCUGAAGAGAUCAGAAAACAAGAUAUUGUUGGCAUUCUCAGUCAGAUUGCCAACAAAGACAGCUUGCACCAGGUGUUGUUGAUUUUGCAAAACAAAAUGAAUUCGUAUGCUAGGAAAGUAGUGGAUGAGUAUCCAAUCAAAGUUGAGACUUUCAAAAUUACCGACUUGUUGGUCAAUGUCACGAACCAUGUUUUAGAGCCAAAGUAUGAGAUUCUAACCACUGAGGAGAAGCAAAAGGUGCUAGAGAAAUAUAAAGUGGAAGACAAACAGUUUUUUCUCAGCUUCCUCGAAUGCUGGAGGAUGAUGCGAUUGCCAGGUACUAUGGACUAGAGAAGGGGAGUGCAGUGAAAGUUACUUCCAAUGGUGCUAUUAUUGAUUCACUUGUUACUUACCGCUGCAUAAUGUGAUGCCAUUUUAUGUGGUGAAAACAUGUUAAGGAAUUAUAGAAGUUUGAUACCAGUUUUAAAAAUAUAAAAGAAAGGAAUAUGGCGCUCUUACUGAUUUACUUGUUACUUAUCGCUGUGUAAUGUGACAGCAUUUUAUGUGGCGAAAACAUGCUAGGAAAUUUACAAGUUUGAUACCUGUAUUAAAAUAGAAAAGAAAGGAAGGUUCAAAUGA